UGGGUUAAUCUUUCUAGGGCUCCAGUCGUCACUAACCACAGGACCCCUAUAUAUAAAUUUUGAAAAAUCUUAAGCCUUUUUUCUCAGAAAACCCUAGCGGCCACCAGAUCGAAGGAUUAGGGUUUGCGUUUCUUUCUGCUGAAGCUUAUUUCAACCAUGGCCGAUGUUGAGACUGAAGUCGCUGCCACGGGCAUCCCAAAGAAGAGGACGUUCAAGAAGUUCUCUUUCAGAGGCGUCGAUUUGGAUGCACUCCUCGACAUGUCCACCGACGAGCUUGUGAAGCUCUUCACUGCUCGUGCUCGCAGAAGGUUUCAGAGGGGUUUGAAGCGCAAGCCCAUGGCUCUGAUCAAGAAGCUGCGCAAGGCGAAAAGAGAUGCUCCACCCGGUGAGAAGCCUGAGCCAGUCCGUACUCACCUUCGCAACAUGAUCAUUGUUCCAGAGAUGAUCGGGAGCAUUAUUGGAGUCUACAAUGGCAAGACCUUCAAUCAGGUUGAGAUAAAGCCUGAGAUGAUUGGUCACUAUCUUGCCGAGUUCUCAAUCUCUUAUAAACCUGUGAAGCAUGGGAGACCUGGUAUUGGUGCUACCCAUUCAUCAAGGUUCAUUCCACUCAAGUGAGAAGUCAAUGCCAACCACCUAGAAUACUCAAUCUUGUUAUUUUCUAUAGACUUCUAUGUCAGAUGAAAUUUUUGUUUCGUUAUUCUGAGUUGGUUGAAAAUGUUUUAAUGUUAUUAGUUUAGGUAAUGGUUAUAGUUUAAGAUUUUGCAUAAUCUACAAUAUGGUUCUCUUGUUUUUUAAUUGAUUACUUAUGUGGUACUGCAAUUGAGAUUCAAGAAGGCUCCUCUUUCUUGUGUUUGAGCGUUAA